AUGGAUCCUGAAACGGCACUGAACGCGUGUUUUGUGAGUUUUGAUGGAGGGAUUCAGCAGCUGGGCCGCGACGACACCGCAGUCAUUCUACCUGUCAUUUUUGUAUCGAUCUGCGCGGUGGGAAUAGUCGGAAAUGUUUUGUUGCUUGCCGUGCUGCUGCACUAUAUUGUACUGAAAAAAAGUGCUUCUGGGAUUGUCAUGAUGCUCGCCAAUCUUAGUGGAACAGACUUGUUGAUCCUUGCAGUGUGCAGUUCGACCCGGGCGGUCACUUAUCACAGUCGUAUAUGGACACUUGGACACGUGGCCUGUCGGACAGCAGAGUGGUUCCAGCACGGCUGUUUGGUAGUUAAAUCUCUCACUCUAGCAGUCAUGAGCCAAGCGAGAUAUAAUUUUGACAGUGAUUCCCACCUCAAGAUAAACAGAGUUCUCACUGCUGCUGGCGCUUUAUGGGGUAUUGGGUUGGCGUUACCAGUAGUCCAGAUCGUUUAUUCUAAGUUGCACGUCAAGGGGAACUUCAGUUUGUGCGUCACCGAUGUACCAAGUCACUCCUAUGAUUUUAUGCGCGUGUACAGUAAAAUCUAUGCCCUGGUGGUCUAUGCCGUCCCGGUUGUAUUUUCCACCUUGUGCCAUGUGCGUGCCAUUUUCCGAAUCACACGUGGGCACGGGGGGACUGAGGGCCGCCUGGCGCUGCUGAGCGUCACCGCAGCUAACGCACUCCUGCUGCUGCCCGAGUGGACAGUCUGGGUGUGGCUGCGCAACCGGCCCGGCGAGACCUGUGACACCCCAGCUGCACUGCUCGUCUUCACCCAGGUUUGCACGUACCUGACCAGCGCAUCGUCUCCCGCCAUUCUCCUCACCAUGCUUGUGCCUCUCAGGGAAAACCUGGCCUGGGUGAUGUGUGAGGGAGCAUGGUGGGAAGGGGAAAGAGAGCGAAGUGUGAGGAAUAUCAGUGCGCUGGAGGAUGACCUAAUGAUCCACACUGACUCGCUCGGGAGACCUCUGCCUGAUGUCGAGCAUUUUUGGACCAGUCGGCGGAACACGGUAGUUUCAGACAACACCAACCCGUUUCCAUGGGAAGAACUGGAGCACUGUCAUUCUGAUCUCUGA